UGCGUCUGCUCCGAGAGUUUCGUGCAGUCGCAGGGAACGUGCUCUUCUUGUGAGGUUUGUCUGCUGAACUUAAGGGCACAUCGUGAAUAUGUCCAGAGAGUUCUUGCGAGUUUAGUCUAUGUACACUGGUGUUGAAGGCUUACUAUAUUAGUUUUAGUUUAUACACAAAUUCAAAUCUUGUAUCCAGUAUUGUAAGAUAUUUUCCAUAGCUUGUGCAUGCAGCCACCUGAUGGACGUACCAGCAGCGACUGAAGUGAAUAUAAGGUAUAGGCUUUUCGAAGAGACCCAGUGAGAUGCAUCACAUGAGAUGAGCUGAACUAGCAGAUCCACCCACAAUCUCAUCUAACAGGAUUUCAGCUGCCACUAAACCCAUUGUCAGAGGAUGGUAUGAGCAUCUUUCAGCAUCUUUGCUCAUACUCAUUUGGUGUACAUGCAGCCCAGGAAUAAUGGAAGACGAGGAAGUUUCUUACAGUUGCAUGCCCACCACCGUUAAAUGUAAGAUGUGGAGACUUUAUGACCAGUCCUGUCCAGCAGUAGUCACAUAAUGGCAUGUAGAGGCGCGUGCUGCUGUGGUCCUGUAAAUGAAGAUAAUGCAAGGUUCAUAAUGUUGCUGCUCCUCAUCAUCCUCUACCUCCUGUGCGGAGCCGCGGUCUUUUCAGCCCUGGAGCAUCCCAAAGAGAAGCAGGCGAAGGAAAAGUGGGCUCAGAGGUUUGAGCAUUUCAGCCAAAAGUACAAUCUCAACAAAAGUGAUCUGGAGAAGUUCUUGAGACAUUAUGAAGAGGCGAACAUGGCAGGAAUACGGGUGGACACCCUCAGACCACGCUGGGAUUUUACUGGAGCAUUUUACUUUGUCGGUACUGUCGUUUCCACCAUCGGGUUUGGAAUGACCACACCAGCCACAAUCGGUGGCAAAAUCUUCCUGAUCUUUUAUGGCCUCAUUGGCUGUGCAGCCACCAUUUUAUUUUUCAAUCUGUUCUUGGAGAGAAUAAUAACAGUAUUAGCUUUUGUUCUCAAAUCCUGCCAUGAAGUCCAACGGCGACGUAGAGGAGUUUUACCUCAUGACAGCAGACAAGACUCAAGCGAUGUGAGGCUAAAUCGUGACGACAGUCUUGCAGGAUGGAAGCCCUCAGUGUAUUGUGUGAUGAUGAUCCUUUGCAUGGCAGCAGUCAUCAUUUCUUGUUGUGCUUCGGCCAUGUAUUCCUCAAUCGAGGGAUGGGGAUAUUUGGAUUCACUCUACUUCUGCUUUGUGGCAUUCAGCACCAUUGGUUUCGGGGAUAUGGUCAGCAGCCAGCGGGCCAGUUACGAAAACCAAACCGUCUACCGAAUCAGCAAUUUCUUCUUUAUUUUAAUGGGCGUUUGCUGCAUUUAUUCAUUGUUCAACGUCAUCUCUAUUGUUAUCAAGCAGGUGCUCAACUGGCUCCUGAAAAAGCUUGAGAUACCAUGCCGUCACUGCCCCAGGAGGUCUCUCCGGCCCCGUAAAAAUGCAGUCAUGCCAGCCCAUGUCCGAACACGUGUUCGCAACAUAUCCAUAGACACAGAUGCAGUGAACGACAGUGAGACGGAUGGACGCAGGAUGUCUGGAGAGAUGAUCUCCAUGAGAGACUUCCUGGUGGCUAAUAAGGUCAACUUGGCGAUCAUGCAGAAACAACUGUCUGAGACUGCCAACGGCCAUCCCAGGCCAUGCGGGUCAACAAACAGGCACAAUGGAUUCUCUGGUGGGGUCGGAGCCCUGGGCAUAAUGAAUAAUAGACUUGCAGAAACCAGUGUGGACAGAUAAAUAUAACCUUUACAAAAUAAUAAUAAAAAAAACACAAUGGCUUUAUAAAAAGACAGAUUGCACUGCCCAUAGUUUAGCUAGUAUUACUUUUGUAAUACAGAUGUAGGCUCGUACAUGAAGUCUCUUGUGUGUGUUGAAUGCUAUAGUUGAAAUAUCCAUUGCUACUCUGAAGGUAAAGAGAACGGAGAACUCCAGCUCAGGUCUGUUUCUAAGAUUGAUGUGCUGGGAGAGGCUUUGCUGCACAAAACUUUGUUUUGAUUCCAGGUUUUUGUUUUGUUUGUUUUUUUAAAUGGAGGAUGUUGCAAUCAGGUUUAGCACUUUGUAUGGCAAGAAAUGAACAGAUGGGAUCUGCAGAACAGAUCUACAGUGGGGUGUCCAAAGUCUGAGACCACUAGUGUGGAUAUAUAUUUUAUAUUUAUAUUAUGAGCAUAAUUCGCAUGAAAUGUAAACUGAAAAAUUAACAUGAAUUUUUGAAUUUCAUAACUAUUAAUUGAAAAAAUAGUAUGUGGCUUGUCCUUCUUUGGCUUAAGUUGCAGCGGCACUCGAGCUGCAUGAACUUUGGAUCAAAUGAGCCAAAGAGCAUCUUAUGAACAUCUGACUUUCAGAGUAACAUGAGCAAUGUCACAAAUUUACAUAUUGGACCUAGAAAUAGUUCUGAAUCUUUAUUUAAAAUAUUAAAUAUAACAUAUACACUACCAUUCAAAAGUAAUACUCAAGCAGCAAGGAUGCAUUCAAUUUACAGUAAAAACAUUUAUAAACAUACAACAUAUUUCUAUUUCAAAUAAAACCUGUUCUUUGUUUUCAAUUCAUCAAGAAUCUUUAAAACAUUUAUCUUGGUUUUCACAAAAAUAUUAAACAGCACAACUGUUUGCAACAUUGAUUAUAAAUGUUUCUUGAGUACCAUAGCAUAUUAGAAUUAUUUCUAAAAAAAAUAAAUAA